UUCAGUGUGUGUUGGGAGUUGUAGUUGCCCUGAGCCGUGUGCUGUUCCUAACUCUGGCUGGGCGGGCGCUGUGACCUCAGGGCCGAGUGGGGUCUAGGGAAUUAGGGUCGGUAAGCUCCUGGCCGCCUGGGGCCGGGGCGGAAUCCGGACUGCGGAUGGCCGCGGUGGCGGUUCUGGAGGGAGCAGUGUCCACGAUGACAGCCCAGCCGCCCGGCAAGCCCGGGGCUGGCGGUAGGGAAAUGUCCCAAGAAGAGAAACUGCAGCUUCGGAAGGAGAAAAAGCAGCAGAAGAAGAAGCGGAAGGAAGAAAAAGGAUCAGAACCAGACUCUGGUCUCACUGUAUCCCCUGGCCAAUGUCAAGCGGGCCCACCAAAAGAGGUUUCAGGCCCUGGUGGUCAGUUAGGAUCCUCAGGGGAGAAAAUUCCAGGUGGCCGGAGUAAAGCAGAGCUUCGAGCUGAGCGUAGAGCAAAGCAAGAAGCUGAGCGGGCCCUGAAGCAGGGACGAAAGGGGGAGCCCCCAGGAUCAUCUGCUCAGUCCCGCCCUAAUACAACUGGAGAAACCCCCUUAGGAGCAAAACAUCUUCCAGAACAUGUUCAGGUGGAUGAGAGCAUGGCUUUGAGGAGACUUGUUAAGAAACCAGAGCGGCAGCAGGUACCUUCUCGAAAGGAUUAUGGCUCCAAAGUCAGCCUCUUUUCCCACCUGCACCAGUACAGCCGCCGUAUUCCUCUAACCCAGCAUAUGAGCAUCCCAUCCUCUGUGAUCCACCCAGCUGUGGUGCGACUUGGCCUGCAGUACUCCCAGGGCUUAAUCAGUGGCUCCAAUGCCAGAUGCAUCGCCCUACUUCGUGCCUUCCAGCAGGUGAUUCAGGACUACACUACACCUCCUAAUGAAGAACUCUCCAGAGAUCUGGUUAAUAAGCUCAAACCCUAUAUCAGCUUCUUGACUCAGUGUCGUCCACUCUCAGCCAGCAUGUAUAACGCCAUCAAGUUCCUUACAAAAGAGAUCACAGCUGUGAGCAGCAGCCAGCGAGAGGAGGAGGCAAAGUCAGAACUCCGAGCAGCCAUGGACCGGUAUGUACAAGAGAAGAUUGUGUUGGCAGCUCGGGCAAUCUCCCGAUCAGCCUAUGAGAAGAUCAGUAAUGGCGAUGUGAUUAUGGUGUAUGGAUGUUCAUCCCUAGUCUCCUUUAUUCUUCGGGAAGCUUGGGCUAGCGGCCGCCAGUUUCGGGUGGUAGUGGUGGACAGCCGACCACGGCUUGAGGGACGGCGUACUCUGCAUUGUCUGGUCCGUGCUGGGGUCCCUGCCUCCUACUUGAUGAUUCCUGCAGCUUCCUAUGUGCUCCCCGAGGUGUCUAAGGUGCUGUUAGGGGCUCAUGCACUCUUGGCCAAUGGAUCUGUGAUGUCACGGGUUGGAACAGCACAGCUAGCCCUGGUGGCUCGUGCUUAUAAUGUACCUGUUUUGGUCUGCUGUGAGACCUACAAGUUCUGCGAGCGUGUACAAACUGAUGCCUUUGUCUCAAAUGAGCUUGAUGAUCCUGAUGAUCUGCUUUGUGAACGAGGAGACUCUGUGGCAUUGGAUAACUGGCAGAAACACCGGUCUCUGCGUCUGCUGAAUCUGGUGUAUGAUGUAACGCCUCCGGAAUUGGUGGACCUAGUGAUCACUGAGCUGGGAAUGAUUCCUUGCAGUUCUGUGCCUGUCGUCUUACGAGUCAAGAGUGGUGACCAGUGAGGUGUGGAAUGGCCAGGGCUAAUAAAUGAGAUCCUUUUCCCCACUAGCAA